ACGGCUACAAUUUCAGUUAUAAACCAAUAGAGGUCAAAAAUGGUUUCUUGGAGUAUUUUGUUCGUGCUAUCGCUGGCUACGUUCCUAACGGAUGCCGGUGUGUCAGUACACAAUCCAUUUUAUUGUUACUCACAAGAUCCGAUCCAGCCACAGAACGCUUGGUUCGGAAUACAUACGGCCUACGAAACCAUUCGCGGACGAAAUAUUAAUGCCAAUGUGUCGACUUGUAAUCCGUCAAAGUUUUGGAUGAUAAGCAGACAUGGAACGAGGUGGCCGAAUCCGACCGAACUAAAUAAUAUUUGGGCAAGUGCAAGAAUUCAUGAUGACAUUCUGUCAAACUAUGACCAAGGGAGAACGUCAUUGUGCGCAUCAGACAUGGAACUUCUUCGAAACUGGCGAUUUAAUCCAGAUAUUACGCUGGAAUAUGCACAGUAUCUCAUAGCGGCAGGUUGGGAUGAAUUAGAAGAACUCGGACGACGAUACCAGGCUGCAUUUCCAACGAUUUUAUCAUCGACAUAUUCACCGAAUGACUUCCUCUUUCGAGGGAGCGAUUAUCAGCGUACGCAAGUUAGUCUUCAUGCUUUUGCCGACGGCCUAUUCGGCGAAAAUGGACACGAGGAUGUUAAUUUCGAAGAAUUGGUUGGAAAUGAUUACUUAUUGAGAGCUUACACGCUGUGCCCACUUUUUGAUCAAGUUAUAGCCAACCUUCCCGAACGAGAUGCGUUCCGAGAGGGACCCGAAUAUCAGCAAAUGACACUCGAAGUUAGCCGUAAGCUGGGCUUUCAUGGAUCUCACACACUGCGGAACAACGAAAUUAACACACUUUCCCUAAUAUGCAAAUACGAGCAGAUCUGGAAUUUGAAUGAAACGUCGCCGUAUUGUGCAGCUUUUUCCGUUGCAAAUCGCCAAGUGAUCGAAUAUCGUGAAGAUCUUGAAUUUUACUAUCGUCUGGGUCCCGGACGAACGGAAUAUCGCAGGCUUUUCGAAAAUUUGGUAUGCUUUAACAUGCAAGAGCUGCUUCAGUUUAUGGUGUCCAACGAUCCCAACGAUCACAAAGCAAGAGUAUACAGCGGGCAUGUGACAAUCUUGCCAAUGCUACUCAAUAAUUUGGGCGCUUUGGGAAACGACGAACCACUGACACAGCACAAUUUUGCUCAACAAUCAGAAAGGGCAUGGAGAACGGGUCGACUUAUCGCUAUGGCUGCUAAUUUGGCGGUGAUUAGAUAUGACUGUGCCGAUGGCGAUAAUGACUUACUGUUCCUAUAUAAUGAAAUACCGCUGCAAAUUCCGGGAUGUGAUGCUAACGGCGUGUGCAAGCAAUCGUUGAUCAUUGAAAGAUUGGGUCAUUGGUUGGAUGCUGACUGUAUGGAAAUAUUCUGCCGGAAUUCUUAAUCGGCUGUGUCAUCCUGUUACAGAGAGCAGAGAGCUUUAAUAGAGAAACUAAAGAAAUAAAAGAUAAAGGAAAAAAUUCUAACAA